AUGAGGCUUCCAGGCUUCUCCAUCAUUUUAGAGAUAAUGAAUGACUAUAAGAAAAUUGUUCUUCUAAAAGGAUUAGAGGGUAUGGAUAAUUACCAUUUUAGGAUAAUUAAGUCCUUACUAAAAAGAGACCUACACCUGUCUGAAAAUAUGCAAAAUGAUUAUGACAGAAUUAAGAUUGCUGACAAGAUGGAGGAGACAUUCCCAAAAGAUGCUGGACUCAACAAACUGAUAGAAAUUUGUCAAGAAAUUAAAGAUCUUAAAGAUAUUGUUGAAAAUCUUAAAGAAGAGAAGGCAAAAGUAAAAGGAAAAAAACCCAUGGGCAAAAAGAGGCAAAAAGCAGAUUCAGCUGUACCUACAUCAACUACAAGCAACACCUUAGCAUCUGAUGGAGGGGAGACAUCCACAGCUCAGAAAAGAAAAAGUAUGAAUGAAGAGAAGCUUGAAGUGAAAAAGACCAAAAAGUCUAAGGGGUCAGAUUGCCCUGACUCUCCUGGAGAAGCCACAGUCAGAUGCCAGACCCCAGGACCCCAGAUCUCAUCUGCGACUUCGUCAAACCCUUCUUUGGCUAAGAACCAAAAGACACAGACCCCAAGCCAGAGUGCUACCAGAGGAGCUGUUGGCCAAAAUGAUGCCAUGACCGUGAUGGUGCUCAAUGCAUCAGAGCCAUUUGAAUAUGAGUCAAGAGAACCUGGAGGAAAUAUGAUGUUUCAUGCUACAGUGGCCAGUAUGAACGAGUAUUUCCAUGUGAAAGUUUUCAACAUCAACCUGAAAGAGAAAUUCACAAAAGGGAAUGUCAUCAUAAUCUCCAAUUAUGUCAAGUUCAGAGGAAUCAUAGAGAUAAAGGCAGACUCCUUUAUCUCUGAACCCAACGAAAAGAUUGAAGUUCCCAAGAAGCUAAUCAGUAAAGCAAAUGAAACUCCCAUGAUUUCUGAUAUUCGCAAGAGUGUAGGUGGAGCACUGUUUUAUGGGUUGUUUACAUUACACAAGAAAAAGGUGAACCCAAUGAGCACAAUCUAUGAAAUAAAGGACAAUACAGGAAAUAUAGAAGUUGUAGGGAAGGGGAAAUGCUAUAACAUCAGCUGUGAGGAAGGAGACAAACUGCGACUCUUCUGCUUUCAACUGAAAACAAUUGACAAGCAACAGAAGCUGGUGUCUGGCGAUCACAGUUUCAUUAAGGUCACCAAGCCUGGAAAAAAGAAAAUAUCUGCUCUCUUUCCUAACCCAAAAGAUGGAGAAGCAAGUGGCUACCCUCAAAAUGAAUUCAGUGCUUUUAACCGUGGAGCUUUUAAAAUAGAGACACCAAGCGACUGGAAAUAA